AUGCCCAAGCCGGCGAAAGUCCCCAAAAAGAGUGGAAAAUCCAGGAAGAGGAAGGCAGAAGAUGACGAAGGCGGAAAUGAGGAAGCUGAGAGAGUUGUGCCGGAGGAGCAACCAUCCGACGGUGAGGACAUCAAGGAGCCCACAGAAGAGGAGAUCAGAGAGAGUGAGAAGCCAGAAAAUCAGCUCAAUGUGGAAACGGUGAGAGAGAAGAAACGGAAAGUGACAAAAAACAGUGCGGAGCAAUCCAAGGAGAAGCUGAUGAACCUGGAGCGCGAAUCUGCCAUAGAUUACCUGAAGAGGUGGAAGAACGACAAGACGCGAUGGAAAUUUGAGAAGCUAAAGCAGAUCUUCAUCCAGAACAAUGCUCUCAACGAGACGAAGUUCGACGAGGAGAUGUGGCCCAUUGUUCUGGAGUACCUGGAGAAGAGCAAGGGCGCAAGCCGGCAGUUCCUCGUCAACACGGCGCAGAAAGUGAUUCAGGAGGUGGACGAGGCGAUUGAGAAGGACUCCACGAAAUCUCUGUUGCUACGCGAGAACAGGUACUUGAGAGCUAGGGAAAUCCUCCAAAUGUUGCAUUAA